GUAAACGCAGACCACACUUCUCUCUCUCCUCUCUUUCUCUCUCUAGAAGAUCCAAACACAGGUUUCUUUUUUACCUUUAAAUCCUUGAGUUUCUCUCUCUAAAACCCCAUUCACACUUUGCGAACUUCUCUUCUUGUCCCCCAUUUCCACAAAUAUAUUUCUUCCCACUAGAGAUAAUCAAUCGCCCAACGAUCUAGGCGAACUCCCAUUUUCUCUCAGCUACAAAUUUCUCAUACCUAUUAAUUAUUUUACCUGAACCAAACCCCUUUAUCGUAUUCGAGGGUUGCACUUGAAAAUAUCAUCUGGGAUUUCUUCACAAUUUUGUCUUUUGUUUUUUUUUUGUGUAAUUGAUAUUUCUGAAGUCCACUUCAUUUUCCGAUCCAAUUAAAAAUUGGGGGUUUUUGCUGGGUGAUCGAAUCUUGCUGAGUUUUAGUAUAGAUUCGUCUCUUAGAUGCUUUUUGGAUAAAAUAUGCAGUCCGAUCAAAGAAAAAAGGCGUCUGAUGUAGAUUUCUUCACCGAGUAUGGCGAAGGAAGCAGAUAUAAAAUCGAGGAAGUAAUAGGCAAAGGCAGCUACGGAGUUGUCUGCUCAGCAUACGACACUCAUCUCGGUGAAAAAGUUGCAAUAAAAAAAAUAAACGACAUAUUCGAACACGUCUCAGAUGCCACACGUAUUCUUCGAGAGAUUAAGCUUCUUAGGCUUCUUCGCCAUCCGGAUAUUGUCGAAAUAAAGCAUAUUUUGCUGCCACCUUCUAGAAGGGAAUUUAAGGACAUAUAUGUAGUGUUCGAAUUAAUGGAAUCGGAUCUUCAUCAGGUCAUUAAAGCUAAUGAUGACUUAACUCCCGAACAUUAUCAGUUCUUUCUUUACCAGCUUCUUCGUGGCAUGAAAUACAUACAUACAGCUAAUGUGUUUCAUCGAGACUUGAAGCCGAAGAAUAUCUUAGCAAAUGCCGACUGCAAAUUAAAGAUUUGUGAUUUCGGCCUUGCUAGAGUGGCCUUUAACGAUACUCCCACUGCAAUAUUUUGGACAGAUUAUGUUGCAACGAGGUGGUACAGAGCUCCCGAAUUGUGUGGGUCUUUUUUCUCUAAGUAUACACCUGCAAUCGACAUUUGGAGUAUUGGCUGCAUAUUUGCAGAGCUUUUGACUGGACGACCUUUAUUCCCCGGAAAAAAUGUGGUUCAUCAAUUAGACCUUAUGACCGAUUUAUUGGGAACUCCGCCUUCUGAAACCAUUGCUAGGAUAAGAAACGAAAAGGCACGAAGAUACCUAAGCAGCAUGAGAAAGAAAAAAGCGGUUCCUUUGUCCCACAAAUUCCCAAACGCGGACCCUUUUGCUCUUCGGUUAUUGGAAAGAAUGCUUGCUUUCGAUCCGAAGGAUAGACCUACCGCAGAAGAGGCUCUUGCAGAUCCGUACUUCCGUAACUUGGCUAGAGUGGAAAGAGAACCUUCCGCACAACCGGUUACUAAAAUGGAGUUCGAAUUCGAAAGGAGAAGAAUCACAAAAGACGAUGUUCGAGAAUUGAUAUAUCGAGAAAUUCUUGAAUAUCACCCCAAAAUGUUGAAAGAGCAGUUAGAGGGAGCUGAACCCACAAGUUUCAUGUAUCCAAGUGCUGUGGACAAAUUCAAGAAGCAAUUUGCCUUUCUCGAGGAGCACUGGAAAAAUGGAUCUGCAGCUCCACCCGAGAGACAACACUCUUCGUCUUUGCCUAGGACAUGCGUACUAUAUUCCGAUAACUCAAACCACAGUUCAGUUGGUGAUGUGGCUAAUGAAUUUUCGAAGUGCUCCGUUAAAGAAGAUGAGAAGAUCCAAGCUCCUCAAAAUAUCCAAGCUAGGGCAAGUGCCGCGAGGCCAGGGAAGAUUGUGGGUCCGGUAUUGCGUUACAACAACUGUGGAGCAGCAGCAGCAACAACAUCGGUAGAUGCAAACGAACAACGAAAAACAAUAAGGAAUCCUAGUAUACCAGCUCAGUAUAUCGGCCCCAACUCUUCUUACCCUAGGAAGCAAUCGGGCCUUCCCGAAGGUUCCGGAGACGGGCCGAACGGGCUUCAGCCCAAACCGGAUGCCUACUUGGCAAGAAAAGUCGCUGCUGCUGCUGCUGCUGCUCAAGGUGGCCCCGGAAGCCACUGGUAUUGAAAACAAAAUAAAAUUUGCCGAUACCCCUAAAAUGAAACAUAAAAAAAUGCAAAGAAUCGGCAUUUGUGGUGAAGUUUCACAUCACUGAUCCAAGAUCGAACGGUCCAGAUUGUAGCUGGAGAUGGGGAAUAAUGUAGGGAGUUGAAGCGAACGAGCGACCGAAGAAUACUAUUUAAAUAUUUAACUGUGUACCUUGAUUGAUCCUACCUCAUUGCAAGAACCAGAUGACUGACACUUGAUUAAUCUUGUUCAUCCUGCUUUUUUUUUUUUUCUGUUUGUGUAAUGGGAAAUUAAUAUUUGCUAAUUAAUCUAUUAUGACCUUAUUGAUAUUCUAAACCUUUGUGUGUGUUGAAACAUUUCUGUAAUAAAUUACCCAAUGAACCCUAAUUUU